AUGCAUCCCGAGUCUCAUGGGCUCGCCGCUCGAGAUGACCAUGGGCUAUCAUUGAGCAGGCUACCCCUCGAUCUCCUCCAUGCAGAACUACAGAGACGACAGGAUGCACCCGCGAAGCCGGCAUGCGGCUCAGAGGGAAGACGGGGGACCUACAAUACGGGAAUCCACGUCUUUGCUCUCUUCCUGAUCCUGGUACUGAGCACGCUGGCAUGCUCCUUUCCCAUCGUUGCCCGCCGCUUCCCCAAACUCCCUAUUCCGCACCGCUUCCUCUUCCUCUCGCGGCAUUUCGGCACAGGUGUCCUCAUUGCGACGGCGUUCGUCCACCUUCUCCCGACGGCGUUUAUUGCCAUGACCGAUCCUUGUCUGCCGGACUUUUGGAUAAAGACAUACCCGCAAAUGCCCGGGUUGAUUGCCAUGUUGUCGGUUUUCAUGGUGGUGGGGAUUGAAAUGUUCUUUCAAAGCAAAGGCGCGGGUCACAGUCACGGAAACGAAUUCGAAAAGAUGCCCCAGGAAGAGUCCACGGGAGAAGGAAGAUCGUCGCUUUAUGGCAACGGCCAUAUCCCAUCAGACCGCCAGCAUGUGCCAACGACGCCGUAUACAGAUGCAUCACCGGAACCGCGCCAUUCCGCGUCCAGCGACUCAGAUUUGGAGCUCGACGAUCUUGAUCCAGCCGCCGAGGACGAAUCUGCGACGUUAAGCAACCCUCACCGGCGCAAAGUCUCCCAGCAUGAAAACCACUUCCAUCAUCGCCGCUCUCCCAAAGACGACGAGAACCCGCAGCGUCUCUUCCUCCAAUGCUUGCUCCUCGAAGCAGGCAUCCUCUUCCACAGCAUCUUCAUCGGCAUGGCCGUCUCGGUCGCGCAGGGCACGCAGUUUGCCGUCCUGCUCAUCGCAAUUUGCUUCCAUCAAACAUUUGAAGGAUUUGCGCUCGGCUCGCGCAUUGCUGCACUCAUACCCACCUUAUUUGAUGCUUCUUCACCCAAACCCUGGCUCAUGGCACUCGCGUAUGGAGCGACAACGCCCAUUGGCCAGGCUAUGGGGAUCGUCUUACACUCCUUGUAUGACCCCGCGAGUAAGGUGGGACUGUUGAUGGUCGGAAUCACGAAUGCAAUCUCCAGUGGACUGUUGCUCUUUGCUGGGCUGGUGCAACUGAUUGCAGAGGACUUUUUGAGUGAAAAGAGCUACGAGUCUCUGACCGGCUGGCGAAGGAUAGAAGCGUGUCUCGCGGUGGGCUUGGGAGGCCUGCUGAUGGCGUUUGUGGGAGCUUUUGCCUAA